GCCAGCCAGCCUGCCGGCGGAGCCAAACCCCUCGCCGCCUCUCGCCCUCUUCGCGCCUCCUCGACCGCGUCGAGCUCUCCUAGGGGCGAGGAGGAGGGCGGCUGGGAUUUGUGGAGAUCCCAAUGGUGCAGCUCCCGGGCUCGGGAAAGCGGCGGGCCGAGCCGGCCGCCGCGGGGCGCGCGCCGCCACCGCCGCCAGCCGUCAAGAUGGAGGUGGAGGAGGGGUUCGGCGACGGGAGUGGGCCUCUGCACAAGCGAUUAAAGGCGACGCCGCCGCCGCCGCCGCCACAGGACAUGGCUUGUGAUGUACUUGAUGAACCUAGCCCAUUGGGUCUGCGGCUAAGAAAAAGUCCAUCUCUGGUGGAUCUGAUUCAGAUGAAGCUUAUUCAGGCAAAAUCUGCUGCAGGACAGUUUGUUGUAGAAAAUAGUAUUUCUGAUACACCCAAGAAGAAAGAGGUUAAAUCUGGGACUCUUGCAGCUGGUGAACGACUGAAAGCUUCAAAUUUUCCUGCAAAUGUUUUGAAAAUUGGUACUUGGGAGUACAUUUCACGCUAUGAAGGUGAUUUGGUGGCAAAGUGCUACUUUGCAAAGCAUAAACUGGUCUGGGAGGUUCUGGAUGAUGGUCUCAAGAGUAAGAUAGAAAUUCAGUGGUCAGAUAUUACCGCGUUGAAGGCAACUUUCCCUGAGAAUGAACAAGGGACCUUGGAUCUGGUGUUGGCCCGACCACCCCUUUUCUUCAAAGAGACUGAUCCUCUACCAAGAAAACAUACACUAUGGCAGGCUGCAUCUGAUUUCACCAAUGGACAGGCAAGCUUAAACAGGAGACAUACCUUGCACUGCCCCUCGAAUUUGUUAAGCAAGAAUUUCGAAAAGAUCAUUCAGUGUGAUCAGCGGCUUAAUGAAUUGAGCCAACAGGCAGAUAUCAUAUUGGAAACUCCAAAUUUUGAACCUAGGUGCUCUAUUUUUGAAAAUCCAAAUGAAUCAAAGGACCGCCAUGGUUUUGAUGACUUGAAGUAUGAACGUGAAAUGUCUUUGCCCGAGUUCCCUGAUCCUGUUUCACCAUGUGCUUUUUCCUCACCGUCCAAGAGGGUUGGACAACCAGAGUUUCCUGCUCAGCCAAUAAACAUAGGAUCUUGUGCUGCAGAUUUCCAGGCCAGUGGUGCUCCUCAAGAACCAAAGAACCCCAACUGGCGGAAUCAGUUGAUAGUGCCUGAGCUGAGAGCAUCCAUGUCUGUGAACGAUUUCGUAAACCAUCUAGGUAAUUGCAUAGCUGAGGAAAGGACUGAGGGCAAUCCUCCUUUAGCCAAUUAUGAGGAACAAUCGAAAGAAGUGCUGGAAGAUCUUGUUCAGUACCUUUUCACCGACACACAAGGUCCGUCAGCCUCAGAUGAUAAGUAUUUGAUGGCAAGGGUGGACUCGUUUUACUCUUUGCUUGAGAAAGACGAAGUGCCAUCCGCCAUACCCAAGCCUGAGGGCAUUGACGGUGGCGACUUUGGCGUAGUCGAAGUGGAUUCUGAUGGCUCUGGUGAGGAUCUCAAGUCAGCACCUGCUAGGAAAACUGCAGGAGGCACAGAACCGCCUGCCAUCUCCAGAAAGGAUUCCUUUGGGGAUCUGAUGCUGAACCUACCUCGGAUAGCAUCUAUUCCGCAGUUGUUGUUUGACAUACCAGAGGAUUCUGAUAAAUAAAACACGGUGGACUUCUGGUUCUCAUUCCUCGAACUAGAGCAGCCGCUGUACAAAUUGAGCAAUAAGCCAGCACUGCCAGAAUUGCGUUUUGGUCCUCCCUCUGUAAAUGAUUCAUUAGAUUUCUCCAACAGAAUUGACUGUUCAUUAGUUCGUACUGAGGAAUCUCAUGCAGCGUUGAAAUGGCAAUUUAUUUACAAUUUUAAUGUACUUAUCUUUUUGUUUA